GCAGAGCUAUCGCUACCUCAGAGCUAUCGCUACCUCAGAGCUAUCGCUACCACAGAGCUAUUCACCUCAAAGCUAGCUAGACUCUAUCAUAGUUAGCUAGCAUCCACCUCAGAGGUACCUAGCCUCUAUAUUAGCGCUAGUUAGCCUCUAUGUCAGAGCUAGCCUCCAACCCAAGUCCAACUUACUUUAUUAAUGGGUUAUAGAUGAGGACAAUAUAAUGCAGUAUGUCUUUUUUUUUUUUACCGCCUUGGAGGGGUGUGUGUGUGUGUGUGUGUGUGUGUGUGUGUGUGUGUGUGUGUGUGUGUGUGUGUGUGUGUGUGUGUGUGUGUCCUCGUAUUCAUCACUGUGUGGGGACAUCGUUCUGUUUACACAGUCACCAUGUGGGGACCGCUGACAGUCUGGGGACCAAAAAUGCGGUCCCCAGACUGUUUUCCUUCUUAAAAGCCUCCAGGAGGUGUUCUAAAGGUGCCCAAUUGAUUUUUGGCCAAGGCCCAAAAAGCAUGUUUUAUCACAAUUACUUGAGUGAAAGUGUGUGAAAGUUCCCCCCCUAUAUGUCUUUGCAUGUAACUGCACUCACCGCUUCACACUCACACACCUUCCAAAUAUGGUUGGGACCGCCCACUUCCUGGUCCCCAUUAGGGAGGUUUCAAGAAGCAAAGGAAAAUGCAUGCUUUUCAAUGGAAAUUACAUUUAUUACACUGUAAAACAUGAGAAGAUUAGAAUAGAAUGUGACAGAUGUCAACAUGGAAGUAUGAUACAUAAUGUAUUGUAUUCCAAAUUAUAAUUACUAAAGAGCAUUUGAAGAUAAAAUGAUCAACACAGUCAUUUGUGGACACUAAGUUUCUUUUCAUUUAAAGGUGCAAUCUAUGAUGAUGUUCAGAAACACUCAUACUGGGUGAAAUGGUCCUUCUCUCCCAAUAGUCGUCAAUGCAAUAUGUGAUCAGAAAAACAAAAUAAAUCUGACCAUGGUGGAAGCUGCAAAACAUUAAAAACAUUGACCAGUCGUAUCAUUCAGUCCGACUCAGGGCCCCCUGUGCCCCGCAUGCACACGUAUCAGGUUCACUGUUGCUGGAAAUGCUCGCUGCUUAGCAGAGACACCGGGUAGCAGGAGAACACCUUCAUUCGGACACAAUGGCAGAGAAGAAGCAGCCAAAACUGGUUUAUUUUCCUUUACAAGGCCAUUAUGCAUCAACUACCAGCCUAUUUGUGUUCGUUACUGACUCAAAAGCCUGUAGUCUAAAUCUUCGCUCUCAUGGACAAAUCUUGUAUCAAAUUCUUCGAACUCGCUCUGCUUUUGGGGAAAGAGCUUUUAGUGUCUAUGCUCCAACUUCCUGGACUGAGAUCCAGGCUCAUUUUAAACUUGAUCACUGUAUCAGCUUAGACAAUUUUAAAACUAGAAUUAAGGAUCACUUAACCAGUGUUUGCACUUGUUUUAUAAAUUAGCUGAUGAUGAUUUAAUCCUGGAUGUAAUCUUUUAUGUUUGUUAUUCAAUGUGUGUCAUUUCUGUGUAACUUUUUGUGCUGCCUUCUUGGCCAGGAUCCUCUUGAAAAAGAGAUUUUUAUCUCAAUGAGAAUUUCCCUGGUUAAAUAAAGGACAAUAAAUAAAUAAAUCAAAUAAAAACACCUCCAGCGCCCGUGAGGGCUCAACCCCACAACCAGGCAGAGAGAAGAGACAGACACAGGCAGGAGAGGCUGCCAUGAAGAAGGUUGGAAGAAGCUGGAGGACAAAGAGGAGCCAACAUGGCAGCCUCCAGCUGAGUGGUUACAUCUUGCAGCCUUACCUGAAAUUUUUAACGUGUCUUUGAGUGUUUCUGAACAAUAUUUCUCAUUGUUACAAUAAUAACUAGAAAAUUCCACAGGAGAUUUUGAUAUGUGUGCUGCCCAUCUGCUGCCGCUCCCCGCUUGCCAAUUGUGAUGGAGAUGCAGCAAAGCAUCGGUGCACUACAGUCUGCUUUUUGUUUUUCGGAAGUGUGGACAUGCAAGAUCGCCACUGAGUGAGACAUGUACACCAAUGAGCCCACUCUCGAGACGUGUCAAAUAUGGUGUGGAUACGUCAAAGCAUUGAUGAAUCAGUGCCUACUUCCUGUUUUUUGGCUGUUGGGACAUCCAAAAUGGCCCCCGAGUGGGACAUGUUGUGAGAGUGGGCUCAUGAGUGGAUGUGUCAAAUAUGGUGCAGAUACAACAAAGUGUCAAUGAUUUGGGGCCUUUCUCCUGAAUCUGACUCGACACACAAGGAAAUCAGGUUGUGUCUGUGUUGUGAUGGGCGUCGCCUGUCCUUUGAGUAGGAAACAUCUCACAGGUGACACUCAUUUUGCUCCACUAAGCCUCAGCCCUUCAGAAGGGCCUGAACAGACGGAGGAGACAGGAGGAGACAGAGGUCAAAUCACAUUUCUGCCUCAAGAUAUAACAUCACAAUCCAGCUCCUAGUACAAAAAAGUGUAACAAAGUACAAAACCCCAAAACCCAAAAAGCGGCUCUGUGCCAUUAAAAAUAAUUGUACAAAAAAAUACGGUCGCGUACGCGCGCAUUUCCUAUUCCGGUUAAGUGAUUUUAUUGUGAAAUCACACAGGAAGCGCGCGGUACGGUUGACAGCAGCUUAACAGCAAACUCCGUUCUCUCGGUGAAGUACAAGUCCUGUCAAAAGCAAAAGUGGAGCAGAAAGGCGAUUUUGUUAGGUAAGUACCGCAGUAUUUUUCAUAAAAUGCAACAUAUAUAAUCAGUUCUAGAGUUUUAUGUCGUGUGACGCGGUUUAUUGGUGAUAACUGGCGCGGUAAGGAUGCUAACCACACGCAGUUGCGUGCUUAAUUAAUUGGCAUGUUGGCUUUAAAUGUCGGGGCCCAGUGUGGAGGUGCUUGAUACACAGGAGCGAAGCGGGUUUGUGUUCGGUCAGUACGUGGUAUUUUUAAUUUAAAAAUAUGCAAUUCAUGGUUAAUAUGAAGGGAGUUUUUAACCCUCUGAGACCCAUUGUGGCGUAUACGCUACAAAUAAUCAUGUUUUCUUUAGAGCGUCAUAACUCCGUAAUGGUUUACGCUAGAAAGAUGCGGGUCAUUUCCUCUUAAACUAGAGAAACGGGGCUAAACAACGGUACCCUGCUUGUGCUGAUUCUGGGGAUGUGUAUAACUUGAUGAUACACUAAAAAAUGACAAUUUUAUAGGCAAUACACAAAAGUAUGACAAGACGGAAAGUUCUCUAUGUGGGUCUCAGAGGGUUAAGGUGAACAUCGGUUGUACUUCGAGUGGAGUGACUCAAUGAGUCUGCCGCCGCCUUGAACUUAAUGCUAGCUAAGUUGGACUACCAUGCUAGGCGUGUCCCCUAAAGUCACGUGGCCUGGAACACGCUCGUGUACAUUGACUUUGCGUAUAGACACUAAUUUGUAUUAUUAAUGAACCAACAUUACUUAAGUGAGUAAUAUUGGACUACCAAACAGAGUUGGCAUUACAUUUUUGUCAAAUUAAGUUACAUUUUGAAAUAUGAGGUGCUUUCAUUUUACCUGUAGUAGCUUUUUACCUGUUCUGGUUCAGUUUGACACAAUGUCAGUAGCAACAACUAGAUUAAUGAUAGUUUUCUAUAUUUGGCAGAUUGGACAGAGAUUUUCUCAAAUUUGUUGAAAUUUGUGGUCCCCGUUUUUUAUCAGUUGUCAAUAAGAAAUGUAUUGUUGUCAAUAACGCUAUAUAUAUUUUUUUAGAUGUAUGUCUGCAGUUUCAAAUGCCACCAAGGCUCAGUCCGACAAGUGAUGCCAUCCGUCAUGUUCUCUCAAAGACGGACAAAACUUCAAAACUGGAAGUUAAAUACAUAAAUGCAGAGAAAGGACGAGGAGUAUUUGCCACAAGCAAAUUUCCCAGAGGAGAAUUUGAAGUGGAGUACCGGGGUGAUAUGAUCAAUGAUGUUGAAGCCCAAAGAAGACGAAAGGUUUUCCACCCAUCGUGUACUGCCUUUUUUUUUGCUUUCAAGUGGCGAGGGAAAUUUUGGUGCAUUGAUGCCUCAAGAGAGGAUGAAUCAUUGGGGCGACUUCUUAAUGAUCAGCACAAAGGCCCUAACUGCCGAAUGAAAAAGAUUGAUGUGGAUGGGAUGCCGCACUUGUGCCUAUUUGCUAUCAAAGACAUAAAUGAGGGGGAUGAAAUCACCUACGACUACGGAGGGGAUGACUGCCCAUGGAGAAGUCAAGCAAGCACACAUGCUAAACAUGACCCUCGUGUGGAUGGCUCCCAUGCUGAUGUCCCUCCAGGGCCACAGAUGGAUGAUGACUCCACAUCCAAUCAACAGGCAAGCACACAAGCUCAACAUGACCCUUGUGUGGAUGGCUCCCAUGCUGAUGUCCCUCCAGGGCCACAGGUGGAUGAUGACACCCAUGACGUCAUGUCCAUAGAACAGGUACAUCAUGUGGAGCACUUAAGAUGAAUUCAUAGAGACAUCCAGAGUCACCUCUUGUUGUUUUUUAGCUUCAUUUAAGCUGGUGGACAGACAUGGAGAAGUGUAUAAUCAUGGACUUGAAUCUGAACUGUUAGACAUUUUAGUAUGAGAUGUGUUGAUGGCUAAUGUUAAAUGGAUGAUCAGGACACAAUUUUAACUUUGUGGAGAUUUUACAAUUGACAAAAAAUCCCUCUAAUCUGGGACAUGUACGGGGUCCCCACAACACACUUUCUUGCCAGUUUGAGUUUGCAGGUUGUGUGAGGUUUUGAGUAGCUCUUUGAGUCUGGACACCCGGUCCCCACAAGUGGUGACUUGACUGUGUUUGACAUGUCCCCAUGAAGCUUGUUCGUUCAGUUGGUGUGACAGCAGAUGCUGCUUAAUGAAACAGGAAGAAACUCUGCGGUUCAAUUUAAUGUCUUUCAAAUUUGGUUUCUCUGUAUCCACACAUCCAAAUUCAUAGCUGUACCCUUGACCUGAAAAUGAUUAUUAUGGCUCAUAAAUUGCAAUAAUUUCCAUGUGAAAUACUUGCAGGCAAGCACACAAGCUCAACAUGACCCUCGUGUGGAUGGCUCCCAUGCUGAUGUCCCUCCAGGGCCACAGGUGGAUGAUUACACCCAUGACGUCAUGUCCAUAGAACAGGCAAGCACACAAGCUCAACAUGACCCUCGUGUGGAUGGCUCCCAUGCUGAUGUCCCUCCAGGGCCACAGGUGGAUGAUUACACCCAUGACGUCAUGUCCAUAGAACAGGCAAGCACACAAGCUCAACAUGACCCUCGUGUGGAUGGCUCCCAUGCUGAUGUCCCUCCAGGGCCACAGGUGGAUGAUUACACCCAUGACGUCAUGUCCAUAGAACAGGCAAGCACACAAGCUCAACAUGACCCUCGUGUGGAUGGCUCCCAUGCUGAUGUCCCUCCAGGGCCACAGGUGGAUGAUUACACCCAUGACGUCAUGUCCAUAGAACAGGCAAGCACACAAGCUCAACAUGACCCUCGUGUGGAUGGCUCCCAUGCUGAUGUCCCUCCAGGGCCACAGGUGGAUGAUUACACCCAUGACGUCAUGUCCAUAGAACAGGCAAGCACACAAGCUCAACAUGACCCUCGUGUGGAUGGCUCCCAUGCUGAUGUCCCUCCAGGGCCACAGGUGGAUGAUUACACCCAUGACGUCAUGUCCAUAGAACAGGCAAGCACACAAGCUCAACAUGACCCUCGUGUGGAUGGCUCCCAUGCUGAUGUCCCUCCAGGGCCACAGGUGGAUGAUUACACCCAUGACGUCAUGUCCAUAGAACAGGCAAGCACACAAGCUCAACAUGACCCUCGUGUGGAUGGCUCCCAUGCUGAUGUCCCUCCAGGGCCACAGGUGGAUGAUGACACCCAUGACGUCAUGUCCAUAGAACAGGCAAGCACACAAGCUCAACAUGACCCUCGUGUGGAUGGCUCCCAUGCUGAUGUCCCUCCAGGGCCACAGGUGGAUGAUUACACCCAUGACGUCAUGUCCAUAGAACAGAGUGAGACAAAAUUCCAAAAUGAAGACGAGAUUGCUGUCCCAAGACUUAGACGGACAAAAAGUAUCAUUAUGAUAAACACAGAUUUUGAAGACUUGAGUGAGUUAUACGACUCUACAUCAGAGAGUGGCGAUGAGUAUGUGCCAGAUUCCACGUCUGAAAGUGACGAAAGUGAUGUCAGCAUUUCAACAACUGAAAGGAAACAAAGGUGGCCAGUGGGUGAAUUAUUUUCUGACUCUGAAGUGGUGACUCCAGUAUGUGACUCCACAACAGUAGGUGACUCCACAACAGUAGGUUACUCCACGACACCAGACCUUGAAAACUUGAGAACAAACAUCAGUACAUGUGAUGUCAGUACAGACGAAGAACCCUGCUCAAGUCAAGAUGCAACUGACACCAUACUUGUGCAAGCUUCACAAAAGAGGCAUGGAAAAAGAGUUUACAACAAACGACAGUAUUGCUUAUAUUGCAAAAGAGCAAAUGCAAAAAUGGCCAGACAUCUAGAACGUGCACACCACGAUAAAGUUGAUGUGGCUCAAGCUAUAAGUUUACCAAAGGGUUCCUUGGAGAGAAGAAAACUGCUUGACUAUAUUCGCAACAGAGGCAACUAUGCCCACAACGCUGCUGUGCUGGAGUCAGGGAGAGGAGAGUUGGUUCCAUUUAAACGCCCGAAUAAAGAUGCACAGGGGAAGGAUUUCAUGCAUUGUGCAUACUGCCAAGCUCUUUUCACACGAAAAGUCCUGUGGCGACAUAUGCGAAUUUGCAAACUUAAGCCUUCAUCGAUACCUGUCAAACCAGGAAAAAAUCGUGUUCAGUCUAUGUGUACAUUCAUGCAGCCUGUGCCAUCACACAUCGGGAAACAGAUGUGGGGAGUUAUCAGUGCCAUGGUUGCUGAUCCGAUCACUGAUGCUGUGAAAAAAGACAAUGUCAUCAUCCAUGUUGGGCAGCACCUGUUGAACAAGGGUGGGAUGUCAGCCAAGAAUCAACAGUGUGUGCGUGACAAAAUGCGAGAAAUGGGAAGACUGGUUCAUAAUGCCAGAAAAGUUACCCCCUUAAAAACAGUGGAGGAUUUCAUAAAUCCAAAGAAUUACUUGCAGGUGAUCAAAGCUGUCAAGGUGACUUGUGGCUAUGACAGUGAUUCUCACAAAUUCACAAUACCAUCACUUGCCAAGAAAAUUGGCCAUACAUUGGUCAAAGUCAGCAAACUCCUAAAAGCUCAGGGCUUGAUCAUGAACAACCAUGAACUUGUGAAAAAUGCCACUGAGUUUCAGGAAGUCCACAACGAAAGGUGGAAUGAAAUGAUUUCUGCGACAGCACUACGUAACCUCAAUGAAGCAAAGUGGAAUGUUCCCACUCUGAUGCCGUUCACAGAAGAUGUGCAGAGACUGCACCAGUUUCUCAGUCAAAAGCAAGAGGAGUACUGCAAAGAACUCUCUGAAAGUCCUUCCACAAAGACCUGGAUAGACUUGGCAAAGGUGUGCUUAGCACAGAUCAUCCUCUUUAACCGUCGCAGGGAAGGAGAAGUGGCAAGCAUGCCCUUGUCUGCAUUUUUGUCAAGAGACGAGUCUGAUCAUCACCAGGAUUUGGACUGGGCACUGUCAGAAGUAGAGAAAAGACUCUGCAAACAUUUCACAAGGAUUGUGAUCAGGGGAAAAAGAGGUAGACCGGUUCCUAUUCUUGUGACUCAGAAAAUGCUCAGUGCACUGGAACUCCUGGUUUCAGAGAGAGAGGCUUGUGAGGUACUCAAAGAGAAUUGCUACAUGUUUGCAAGGCCAGCUGCUAAAACGCAUCUCCAUGGUUCGGACUGCCUCCGUGCUUUUGCAGUAGCAUGUGGUGCAAAGUGUCCCAAGGCACUGACCUCCACCAGGCUGCGGAAACAUGCUGCAACACUCUCAACGGUUCUCAGCAUGACGGAUACAGAGAUGGACCAGUUGGCUAACUUUCUUGGGCAUGACAUUAGAGUCCAUCGUGAGUUUUAUCGACUACCUGAGAAAACACUGCAGCUUGCCAAGGUUAGCAAGCUUCUCAUGGCCCUUGAGCAAGGAAGAUUGGCUGAGUUCCAUGGCCAAAACCUGGAUGAAAUCACAAUAGGGCCAGAUGACAUGGUCAUUUGUCCUGUUGAGACUGAUGAGACAGCUAAAACCAGGGGACGACACGAUUCAUCUCAAGAAGAGACUCUUCCACUGACAGAAGAAGAAGGCCCCCCACUGACAGAGGAAGAAGGCCCCCCACCAACACGCAAGAGAGAUACACCAUCAGCAGCAGAAGAUGACCGUGUCGGAGCCGCAACACCUGUUGAAGAAUCAUCAGCAGAGGUGAGGAAUGCAGUCCCAUCAGUGAGCAAGAGGAGCAAGCCACUUUCUGGAGAUGAUGACCGGCUCACAGCUGUGAUGUCUGUCAAAGGUGAUUUAAAUCUUUUUUUUUUUCAUUACAAAUCAGAUCAACUCAAAUGUGAAUUGCAACAGCAGUACGCUCGCAGUGCCACUGCUGAAAGCUAAUGGGUCUGGUGAUGUUCCAUGGUGGCAUAAAUCACUGGGUGCCAGAACACAGUAAUAAUCAUCGUCGAUGAUCUUGUGUGAAAUGGUGACUGAACCAUGUACAGUCCUUUGUGUGGU